CACGAGAUUUGGUACCAAUUUACCGUUCUUUCACCCUAGACAAAAAAAGCAAGAAAGAUACGGUGAACUGUAACCGAUUGGUGCAUUCAAGGAAGAGCCCAUCAAUAACGGCUGGUUGACUUCGUCUUACUCGAAAAGGGGUAUACGCCAAGAAAGUAUAUAAACCUCAAGCACCUCAUCACUAGAUUUGAAGAUGCAAUACAACACAAGCCAAGACUUCAGACAAUAACCGACAUCUUCACCUUGACCCCAGAUUCAGCUGUCAAACUAUUACCCACACAAGCCGUCAUCAUGCAGUCCUUUACCUACCUUACCAUCGCCGCCGCAGCUCUGCUGCAAGGUGCCGUCGCCAUCCCCGCGAUCACCACCGCACCUACUUCUCUUCCAGGCCACUACGCGUGCCCGACUCUCGCGACGGUAGUCACGACAUCGCACCUCCCAUACAAGUGCGAAUACCAGUGCCCAAUCAUAACCAGCACCUGCAAGCCAGGCGAGCCGUCUGAGUCUCCCCUAUACACCGAGACCACGACUCCACUACCUGGCUGCACUGUCUCGGAGAUCGUACACGAGCGCUGCGAGUGCCCUACUUGCUUCUCCGCCGCGCCGACACCUACGCCUACCGCUUAGGUUCGAGAUGGAUUUCUGCUAGACGAGG